AUGAACAAUUACCGUAUAAAAGACCCUACAUCUUUGCGUUCUUUUAUGGUUGAAAAAUUUAACGAAGAGUUCGGUUUAGAUAUAAACUAUAAGUUUUUCAAAGAAAAACUCGAUACCUUGAAAAAGAAGUACAAUAAGUAUCGAGAGCUUCUAACUUCAACUGGUAUCUCGGUUGAUCCUAUUACUUCUGAGAUUGAUGCAUCUGACUCAUGGUGGAAAGAUCGUGAAUCCCAAUAUUCUGUCAACCAAAGAAGAGAAGAAAUGAUGAAUCAAAGUGCCACUAAUAAUGAAGAUCAGUUGUACCAAGAAACCUUUGGUGGUGAGAUGUCAGACAAUGAAGAGCCAGAGAUGCAAGAAAACGAAGAAGUGUAUCCGGGUGAUCCGAUUCAAAUUCCUGGUUCAAGAGUUCAACAACAAGUCAGAGGAAGACGAGGAAGUUCUUCACAAAGAUCAUCGAUACCUUCACGAGUUAUACAUGGAAGUGGUGCAAGAGGAAGUAAAAAAAGACAGUCAUUUGAGACCACCCUCACAGAUACAAUGACUGGAUUUAGGGAGUUUCAACGUCAAAGUUUACAACAACUACGCCAAAAUCCGUUUGACCAAGACGACUAUGACAAUUUUGAUGCGGCUGUGAAGAUAUUUGAAUCGAUGGAGCUACCGAAUGACACAAAAUUCUAUUGGGCGUGCAUUAACGAAUUUAGAGAAGAUGCAUUCUGGCGAAAGUAUUUUAUUGAUAGAGCUGAAAGUACUUUCGAAGAGAAGAUACAAUUUCUACAAGCAUUAACUGGAUAUACGCGUGAUGAUGAUUUUGUGGGCAAGCGAUUAAGCUCAUGUAAACCAUUUGGGAGUCCAAGUUCAAGUGGUUUUCAUUCAGGUAGUCAAUCUUCUGGUGGUAAUAAUUCUUGGGGG